AGUGCUCUCCUGGGGGCCACCAGUUUCUUCAGAGUCCUUACAGAAGCAUCCACUUUGACUCAGUAUAUCUCCAGCAUUCAGCUGCUCAAAACCUGAUCUGCGACCAUUCUCUCACCCCUGGGUGGUAUCGGUUUCUCAUCUUUGACAGACCUGCUGAGAUGCCAACCAAAUGUGUUGAGAUGAACCGCUGUGGAACUCAGGUCCCCAUCUGGCUGUCUCUGAGUGAUUCGGAAACCCUGCCUCUUCCUGGCGAGAUCAGGAAACUGACUGCCUGUGCCACGUGGCAGUUUCUGUUUAGCGCUGAAGAAAACUGCUGCCUCUUUCAGAUUCCCGUGUCUGUGAGAAACUGCGGAGACUUUUUCGUGUACUUACUGCAACCUACUCAGGGAUGUAUGGGCUACUGCGCUGAAGCUAUUUCUGAUGUGAAGUUACACACAUGUGGCCCUGGAGAAACAGAAAUUGAAGAUGGCUGUGUUGGCCAGCUAAUGGCACUGCCUCCUUCUCCUCCUCCUCCUCCUGGCAGGCCCAAGGUCAUGGUAGAACCGGUGGGCUCCCAGGUGUAUUGUAUGUGUACUUUUGAUGUUUCCCCCACAAACAACUCAGUGGGAUUUCUGAUAGCCUGGUCUAGGCUUUCUUCCCAAGAAAUCAAAGAAGAGCUGAGACAGGAGAGCACUCUUCAGGCAUUCUCGCUUUUAGAGCUUGAUGGCAUAAAUCUCAGACUUGGAGACAAGAUUUUCUGCAGUGCUGCCAUCUUUUACUUGGAGAAACCAGAUGUGCAAAGUAUAGCUGUGGAAAGUCAGGAAUUUUUUGUUGGAAUUAAGUUGAUACCUGAACUGGACACAAUAUCAGAAGAUGGAAAGGAAUACCAGCUGAGGAUAGAGAGUACAGUUCCUAUUGUUUGCUCUGAGUUUAGUGAGCUCGAUGAAGGAUGCAAAAUCUCAUUAAAACUGAAAACCAUUGAACAAGGUAAAGAAUACCUCGGGUUGAAUUUGGCAUUGUCUUCCUGCCAUGUGGACCUUCACCAGGACUCUUGUGCCGAUGGAAUAUGUAGCCAGGCUGUAUUGUACUACACUGCUGUGACAGACUUUUCCCGGGAUGGAGACAGACUUACAGACAUCACUGUGGAACCUAUAGUCAAUGAUGUUUUCCUGUGGGACAGAUACACUCCAGACAGCAUCCAGAUUAAAGUCAAGGAUGUCCCAUCUGCUUACUGCUAUUCAUUUACUGAUCCACACAUAAUUACCUUUGAUGGCAGAGUAUAUGACAACUUCAAGACUGGAACGUUUGUGCUUUAUAAGAGUAUGUCGCGUGAUUUUGAAAUCCAUGUACGUCAGCGGGACUGUGGGAGCCUUCACUAUCCUGUGUCUUGUAACUGUGGCUUUGUUGCAAAAGAAGAAAGUGACAUCGUGACUUUUGAUAUGUGCAGUGGCCAGUUACAUGAAUCCCCGCCAUAUUUACUUGUAAAGAGUCAAGAGUCAUCAUCAAGCAAUAUCAGAAUAACCGAAUCUUAUUUAGGAAGAAAAAUCACGAUUUGGUUUUCCUCUGGAGCGUUUAUCCGUGCUGACCUCAGUGUGUGGGGUAUGAGUAUAACGCUCAGAGUCCCCAGUUUAGACUUCAAAAGCACAUUGGGGCUUUGUGGCACCUUCGAUGAAAACCCAGAAAAUGAUUUUCAUGACAAGAACGGGAUCAAAAUUGAUCACAAUGUCAACAAUUAUAUUGCUUUUAUCAAUGAAUGGAGGCUUCCACCAGGAAGAAGCAUGUUUGACAAAAUACCAACCUCCCCACAGUUUCCUGCAAAACUAUCCUACUGCAGCUGCUGGUUAGGUACCGCCAUGCAUCAUCUGCUUUCUCACCAUCUGGACAGCACAUCUCACUUAGAAAUGGCUUCCAGCUGCAAAGACAUCAAGCACAUUCAGUUCUCUACCUUGAUACCAGACCUAGAUAUUACUUCUGAAUAUAUCAAUUCAAAAGCUCUUGUUGGAAAAAGAAGCCCUCAUGUACCUAGAGAAGAAAAUAAUUUGAAUUUCUUACUAAAGGAAAAUGCCCACUCAAAUCUGGACUUAAAUUUACAGCAUCCUGGGAAUAAGACCCAAAAUUCUCCUACAUAUUUGAGUAAGGAGAGGCAUGCACAGGACCAGGAAAUGAGGAAGAAUCUACAAAACAGAUGGAAACGACAAAUUUUGAAGAACUUUCAUCCCGUAUUUACUUUUCAGAGUCUAGGACAAGGCAACCUGGAAGAGUUUUCUUAUUUUUUUCCUGAGGACCACAUUGAGGGCAGCCAGCAAAAGUUUGUCCCCUCUUGGCCCACAGCAUCGGGCCUCACUGAAUUCAUUGUCUUGGCUAUCUGUCAGCAGACUCUAGCCAACUCCAGCCUUGGAAGGCUCUGUCUUCCCUUUCUUGGCAAGACACCAAACCAUGUUAUAGACAUGUGUGUGAAGGAUGUACCGUUAAAGGACAACGUGAGCUGGGCAGAGGCAGGAGUGGCCUUGUUAGAAAAUGAAUGUGAGAGACGCAUUUUAGAAGAAGGAAAAGUCAAUGUAGAAGAAUACAGGAAGUCAGUAGAAGGCAUUCUAGAAGUGUUAAAAUGUCCCAAUUUAUGCAGCGGACAUGGACAUUGUACGGACGGGGGCUGUGCGUGUUUUCCAGGCUACAGCUCCUAUGACUGCAGUCAUUCAUAUGACAUAGCUCCUGAAAUUACUGAGGUUGAGAAUGCUGGAUUCUGUGAUAUUCAGAAGCAGAGCUGUGUCACAGUGAGAGUGUUUGGUCAAGGCUUCAAAGAGUCCAUCAAGUGUGAAGUUACUAGACUCGAGUAUAAUGGCAGUAAGUGGGUACAUGGAACAAGUGUCUACACACAGGCAGUCUUUCAAAAUAGCAGAGUGGUUGACUGUCCACUCUUCCCACAUGGACAGCAUUCUGAUACCAUGGAUCUGACAGCAGAGAAACCCUUGGCAAAGUUGCAAUUAAAGGUAUCUAAUGAUGGUUAUGCAUUCAGUAAUUCCAAGAUAAUGAUCAUAUAUGACGGUGCUUGUCAACUUUGUGGUCCCCAUGAAAAUGAUUCAUGCACUAUGAAGAAUAAUAUUUGUAUUAUUGAUGAUCUCUGCUACACUGAUGGGGAUAAACAUCCUACCAGCUCUUGUUUGAUCUGUAGACCUCAAACUUCAAAUUCUACUUGGUCAGUUUUAGAUGAUAACCAGCCCCCUGUGAUUCAAACACUGCAAGACAAAUUACAGGCAUUUUAUGGUGAAGACUUUGAAUACCAGUUCAUGGCCUGGGAUCCAGAAGGCUCUGAGAUACAUUUUACACUGGAUUCUGGUCCUGAUGGAGCAGGUGUUUCCUCUGAAGGACUUCUUAGAUGGAAAACAGAGUCACGGACUCCUCAGACAUUCACUGUCCGUCUUAAGGAUGGCUGUGAGGGUGAAUCUACAGUCACAGUGGAGGUGACUGUGAAGUCUUGUGACUGCUUGAAUGGUGGAUUAUGUGUGUCUGAUAGGAAAUUUCCUCCAGGAAGUGGAGCCUACCUUUGUGACUGCUUGCCUGGUUUUUAUGGCAAUCUUUGUGAGGCUGAAGCCAGUGAGUGCCAGUCAAACCCUUGUGGCCUUGGAAGAUGCAUUAAAGGCUUGCACAGGUACUCCUGUGACUGUCCUCCUGAGCUCACAGGCAAGAACUGUGAGAAGGAUGUAGACGAGUGUGAAUCUUGGCCUUGUUUCCCAGGUGUGGAGUGCAUCAAUGUCUUUGGUUCCUAUCAUUGUGGUCCAUGUCCAGAAGGCUUUCAUGGGGAUGGGAACAUGUGCCAUGACUUGAGCUUUCAACCACCAUCCAUGGAGCCUUCACUGGCAAGCCCAAGCUUCACUCAGAGUCCUGCAACAACUUUCAAUGACUUCUUAAACUCAAGGAGCACAUCUCACUUGUCAAUAAAAUCAGUUAUAACUCAAAUGGAUAAUACGAAGAAAGAUGUUUCUCAUCAGACACCAGCUUAUGAGUAUGUGGAUCAUGUUCUCAGUUCAGAUCUUACUGUUGAUGAGCUUGAAAUUCCAGCACACAAUGAUAGUUCUUUAAGCAUCAAACCUAACAGUUCUUUUGGCCAGGUAGAUCCUGUCCAGAGCACUAUUCCAACAGAGACAGAAGGGCACAAUGCUCCAAUUAGCAAACCUUUCCAAAAUUUCUCUGGGCAAGAGUUUAUAUCAUUGACUACUAAAGCUGCAAUCACUAUUUUGCCAGAAAAAUUUGGAUCAACCAAAAUAUCAACCUGCACAGAAUCAUCUUGUUUCCAGGGUGUUUCCUGUGUGCCAAGCACAGGUGGUCACUCCAGGUGUGGACGCUGCCCCUCUGGGUAUUACGGAGAUGGUAUCACUUGCAGAGCAUUUUGUAGAUCCUCCUGUGGAAGAAACAGAGAAUGUGUUGCUCCAAAUAUAUGCAAAUGUAAACCAGGUUAUACUGGUUCCAACUGCCAAACUGCCAUCUGUUACCCUGUUUGCAAAAAGCAUGGAAAAUGCAUUAAGCCUAACAUCUGUGAAUGUCCUCCAGGGCAUGGUGGAGCAACCUGCGAUGAAGAACAUUGUAGCCCUCCUUGUCAACAUGGGGGCACCUGCUUGUCUGGCAAUCUCUGCACUUGUACUUAUGGCUUUGUAGGACCAAGGUGUGAAACACUGGUCUGUAACAGGCAUUGUGAAAAUGGAGGUGAAUGUGUUGCACCAGAUAUUUGUGAGUGCAAGUCUGGCUGGUAUGGACCCACCUGUAGUACAGCAAUAUGUGAUCCCAUUUGCCUCAAUGGUGGUUCCUGUUAUAAGCCAAACACGUGCCUUUGCCCUGGUGGAUUCUUUGGAACACAGUGCCAGAAUGCUGUCUGUCACCCUCCCUGUAAAAAUGGCGGCCUGUGCAUGAGAAAUAACGUGUGCACCUGUCGUGGCGGGUACACUGGAAAGAGAUGCCAGACAAGCAUCUGUGAGCCUGUGUGCAUGAAUGGAGGAAAAUGUGUGGGACCAAAUAUUUGUUCCUGUGCUUCUGGUUGGAGUGGGAAACGAUGUAACACACCAAUCUGCCUUCAGAAAUGUAGAAAUGGGGGUGAAUGCAUAGCCCCCAGCGUGUGUCAUUGCCCCUCCACCUGGGAAGGGGUGCAGUGUGAAAAACCCAUUUGUACUCAAAAGUGUCUUUAUGGAGGAAGAUGUGCAUUUCCUGGUGUGUGUUCUUGCCGCACUGGAUAUUCUGGAGCCAAAUGUGAAAAGAAGAUACAGAUGAAACAUCGUUAAGAAACAUCUGCUAUUUACAAGCCUCUAUCAUUAGAAAUGCAGUUUUAUUCAGAAAGAGUCAAGAUAGUUUUUGAAGCUUAUUUGGAUAUUGCUUAAAGUAUUAUGAAGAUCAAAUAAACUAAGAAAAUGUGGAAUGAUCUAAGUUGUCAAUAUCAAAGAAAAAUAAAAUAAAAGCUCCAAGUAAUUUGAA